AUGGAUAUGUUAGCUAAAAGUCAUUCGGGUAAAGAUUUUAAGUCAUUUUGGAAGCUAACAAAGAAACUUAAUCCAAGGUCGAGCCGCCCUGUGAGUGUAGUGGGUGUACACGACCCUUUUGACAUAGCCAACUUGUUUCAACAAUAUUUUAAAGUAGAUUCACCACUAAGGCAAUCUGUUCGGAUGCCCGGUGUUGGGUCCGUUUCUGGUGACAUCACCGUCAAAUUUACCGAAAAAGACAUUGCCACGGUUAUAUCAUCUAUGAAGAGAGGUAAGUCACCCGGCCAUGAUGGUCUCAGCAUUGAGCAUUUGCAACAUGCAGGUGUACACCUGCCUCGAAUUUUAGCUAUGUUUUUCAACCUUUGUAUAAGUCACUGCUAUUUACCUGAAGACCUUAUGUAUACUGUGGUAGUACCAAUUGUUAAAAAUAAAACUGGGGAUGCAUGUGGUAUUAAUAACUAUCGGCCAAUAUCUCUGGCGACAAUCAUGGCCAAGAUACUGGACAGUUUGCUUGACAAACAAUUACUUAAAAACGUUAAUCUUAAGGAUAAUCAGUUCGGCUUUAGACCGGGUCUAUCCACAGAAAGUGCAAUUUUAUGUCUUAAGCAGACUGUCCAGUAUUACAUUAGCAGAUGCACACCCGUGAUUGCCUGUUUUUUAGACCUGUCUAGGGCGUUCGACUUGGUUGAUUACGGGGUUUUGUGGCAGAAGCUUCAUCGUGAAACCACACUACCACGUGAAAUAAUCAAUAUCUUUGGUUAUUAG